GCAAACCCGAUGGGCAAAAUGGUCUCCGUCAACUGACGUUUGCACUGAGCUAAUGUGGGUCACCACGGAAUUGUGCCGGUUUACGAUUAAAUGAGGGGAAGGGAGAGGGUCGUUACAGAAUCCCCAGCCCAUCUACACACCCAAUUCGAAUUCGUUUCAAUUCAUCUUUACCCUGUCAAAAAUAUCUAUUUUCUAUCCGUCCCGUAUCUAUUCUCUAACCAUCCCGUGUCCGCAGGCGACCGGCACUGCACGGCCCCCGCUAUUUCUCCGCGCUGCUUCAUUCAGUCUGUCUCUACAUCGAUUGGAUCCGCCGACCUAUAAAAAGCCCAAAAUUAAAAGAAGCUUUGCCCUCCCGAAUCACAUUCAAUUGGAGCCUCAGAAGACUUGGUUUUGGUUUUACUGAAUUCCCAUCAAUUGACGUGCUUUUCUGAUGGCGAGCUCCAGGCAACAGCGAAGUCCAGACAGCAGCCCGCGGUCGGAGGACGAAUUGGGGGCUCAUGCGUAUAGCAAUCCGGAUGGGUCGGUGAAAGAGCAAGAUCGGUUCCUACCCAUUGCCAAUGUCAGCCGAAUUAUGAAAAAAGCCCUUCCUGCCAAUGCAAAAAUAUCGAAAGAUGCCAAGGAGACGGUGCAGGAAUGUGUAUCUGAAUUCAUCAGUUUUAUCACCGGAGAAGCCUCUGACAAGUGUCAGAGAGAAAAGAGAAAGACAAUAAACGGGGAUGACCUUUUGUGGGCAAUGGGGACUCUUGGAUUUGAGAACUAUGUAGACCCACUCAAGGUUUACCUGCAGAAGUACAGAGAACUUGAAGGUGAAAAGACCUCCAUGGCUAAACAGGGUGGAGCUGACCAUGACCAAUCUCCUAAUUCUAAAGAUGGUGCCUCUGCUAGUGGAAAUGCUGGAAAUGGGUCUGGUUCCAAUCCUGCUGCUUCUAACUCUGGAGGUAGUUCUAAGUAUAGUGGAAGCUACUAUUCUUCUUAUGGAGCCCCACAGAUGUAUGGGGGCCAUCAGCAGCAUCAGCAAAUGUUGGCUGGGUCUUAUCAUCAUCAGAUGCAUACCAAAACUUCCGCUGGUAACACCGGUGACCAUCAUCCUAGAGGGCAGUGGUAGGAAGAUUUUGGGACAUUCAAUUUUUUUCUCUUUAAAUUGUAUAUUGAGUAGUUGUUAAUGCAGAGUGCUGGAUUAAUUGGCUAUGAGACAAAAAUUUUGUUUCCUGUUUUUCACUUUCUUCACCUGUCAGAAUGUGAUGCCAGAACACCUGGCCUGUUUGUUCUCUAUAUAUACUUACUUCAUGGGUAUGUUAUAAACUAUGGAGAGGAUGUAAAUUUCUGAUACAUUAAUUUUUCUAAAAAGUUGUACAGAUCUAA